GACGGCUACCAGAGGUGUUGAGAUCCGUCUAUCCACAAGAAAAAGGAAAACUACUAUUACAGUUUCUAUUUAUCUAUCUUACGUCGGCCAUUGCUAAUUUCUACAUCGGAGUAAAUCACACUCGUUGAGAAUGGGCAGCACAGGUGAGACCAUCUAUGGAGCUUACACAUACGAGAACCUCGAGCGUGAGCCCUAUUGGCCUUCUCAAAAGCUGAGGAUUUCCAUCACAGGGGCCGGUGGCUUUAUCGCCUCCCACAUCGCCAGGCGUUUGAAGAGCGAGGGCCACUAUGUAAUCGCGUCUGACUGGAAGAAAAACGAGCACAUGACUGAAGAAAUGUUCUGUCACGAAUUUCAUCUUGUUGACCUGAGGGUCAUGGAUAACUGCCUGAAGGUGACUGAAGGCGUUGACCACGUUUUCAAUCUUGCGGCUGAUAUGGGAGGCAUGGGAUUCAUCCAGUCGAACCACUCAGUCAUUAUGUACAAUAAUACGAUGAUCAGUUUUAACAUGAUCGAGGCUUCCAGGAUUAACGGUGUUAAGAGGUUUUUCUAUGCCUCCAGUGCGUGUAUCUAUCCUGAAUUUAAGCAGUUGGAGACCAAUGUGAGCUUGAAAGAAUCUGAUGCAUGGCCUGCGGAGCCUCAAGAUGCUUACGGACUGGAAAAGCUUGCAACUGAGGAGUUAUGCAAGCACUACAACAAAGACUUUGGAAUCGAAUGCCGCAUAGGAAGGUUCCACAACAUUUAUGGUCCGUUUGGAACCUGGAAAGGUGGGAGGGAGAAAGCUCCAGCUGCCUUCUGUAGGAAAGCACUUACAUCGACUGAUAAGUUUGAGAUGUGGGGAGAUGGUCUCCAGACUCGAUCUUUUACUUUUAUAGAUGAAUGUGUUGAGGGUGUUCUGAGAUUGACUAAAUCCGAUUUUCGGGAGCCUGUGAACAUCGGAAGUGAUGAGAUGGUGAGCAUGAAUGAGAUGGCCGAGAUUGUCCUUAGCUUUGAGAAGAAAGAGUUGCCUAUCCAUCACAUCCCGGGGCCUGAAGGCGUGCGUGGUCGAAACUCGGACAACACUUUGAUCAAGGAAAAGCUUGGGUGGGCCCCAUCAAUGAAACUAAAGGAUGGGCUGAGAAUCACAUAUUUCUGGAUUAAAGAACAGCUUGAGAAGGAGAAGACUGAGGGAAUUGAUUUGUCUGCUUAUGGUUCAUCAAAAGUUGUCGGGACACAAGCCCCAGUUCAACUCGGUUCUCUCAGAGCUGCUGAUGGCAAAGAGUGAAGCAUAUACCAACAGAAAAAGGCUUGUUAUUAUGCUUGCAACUGCAAGCAGGUUAUAUAUGUUUCCACUGUAUAAUGCUACUUUAGGUUUCUUUUGGGUGAGCUAAAAUUAUUUGUAAUUUUUGAACGGUUCUUUACAGUUUAUUUGUGGUUAUCACCAUUAUUAUGCAUUUGUAUGUCGAGCUAACAACUCGAGUCUGCAUAUUUUCUGGCUACUUGGAAACUGUGGCUGGCUACAUGUUCAGUUCAUUCUGUCAUUGGUUCCUUUUUGCUGUUGUUUAUGAGCUGCUAUGAUACCCUUUGUGAAAUAGAAGCAACUAUCAAGAAAAUAUCUGUAGCUUAACUGGAUUUUUAGAAAUCUCUGUAAGUAACCCUUGUUUUAUUAAAGUUUAUUGCAACUACUUGUCUGUUGGUCAAAUGUUUAGAUAGCGGAUAAGACCCUAACUAGUACGGAUCUCUUGUGAUGCACGGUGUAAACAAUUUUAAGGCUAUUUGUUAGCUUUUUUUUAUAUUUACGUGAAUCUACCAG